CAGCUUCUCCUGCCCUGUGGGUCGAUCUUUACAGCAUAGAAAAGCCCUCCCAUUUCCCCAAUUUCUCUCUCAUUCCUCUUUUCGGAGUCACAGUCAAAGCUCCGUUCCUCUUCUUCAACCAGACCAUCUGUUUUGUGUUCUGGCCGUUCUCUCCGUUUUGGUAUGGACGGUGAUGGUGGCGGUGCGGUGGAGGCUGGCGAAUCGAACAACCCCGUGGGCGGCGGCGUGACAAUCCACAUCCGAUGCUCCAACGGUUCCAAGUUCUCGGUGCAGAUCAGCCUCGACUCCACCGUCGGAUCAUUCAAGUCGGUCCUCGCCCACAACUGUGAUAUCCCCGCUGAGCAGCAGCGCUUGAUUUACAAGGGCCGCAUCUUGAAGGACGACCAAACCCUAGAAAGCUACGGACUGGAGGCAGAUCACACUGUCCACUUGGUUCGUGGGUUUGCACCUGCUGCAUCAGGCAACACUACAGGUUCAACCAACACUGAGAUUUCCGAUUCUACUCCAAGUGAUGCAAGAUCUGUUGGUUCUGACCUGGGUGGGGCAUUUGGGGGAUCUGGCAGGGGGGCUUCCCUUCCUGGACUUAGUUUUGGUGGAUUAGGCAGCGGUAAUGGACUAUUUGGAGCUGGACUUCCAGAAUUUGAACAAAUGCAACAACAACUGACUCAGAACCCCAAUCUAAUGAGAGACAUAAUGAACAUGCCUCUAGUUCAGAAUCUAAUGAAUAACCCUGAUGUCAUGCGGAAUUUGAUAAUGAACAACCCACAGAUGCGGGAAAUCAUUGAUCGAAAUCCAGAGCUUGCUCACAUACUCAAUGAUCCUAACACUCUACGUCAGACGCUAGAGGCUGCAAGAAACCCUGAGCUCAUGCGGGAGAUGAUGCGCAACACUGACCGAGCUAUGAGCAAUAUUGAAUCUUCUCCAGAGGGAUUUAAUAUGCUUAGGCGCAUGUAUGAAAAUGUCCAGGAGCCGUUUCUCAAUGCUACAACUAUGGCUGGAGAUACUAGAAAUGAUCCAGGCUCAAAUCCGUUUGCAGCUCUUUUGGUGACACAAGGUGGGGGGCAGGGUAGAGAUCAGUUGACUAACCCUGCAGAUGCUGGUUCUGAAACUACACCUAAUUCUCCUGCUCCAAAUACUAAUCCACUUCCAAACCCUUGGGCCUCUGGUGGGGCUGCAGGUGCCCAAACAAAUUCCACUAGAAGAUCGAAUCCUGCUGGUGAUGCUAGGAUUCCUGCACUUGGUGGUCUUGGUCUCCCAGAGUUUGACCCCAUGCAGGGUAAUGCUUCAUUGGCUCAGGUUAUGCAAAAUCCAGCUGUAUCACAGAUGAUGCAGUCUCUCCUCUCCAAUCCUCAGUACAUGAAUCAGAUUCUUGGACUCAAUCCUCAGCUGCGCAGUUUGGUUGAUUCCAAUUCUCAGCUUAGAGAGAUGAUGCAAAACCCAGACUUCAUUCGGCAGUUAACUUCCCCUGAAACAUUGCAGCAACUCCUCACUUUACAGCAAGCACUCAUGUCUCAGCUUGGUCGGCAAACGUCACCACGGGAAGCUGAUCAAACUGGUGGGGGAACAGGAACACUUGACAACAUGGGGUUGGAGAUGUUGAUGAACAUGUUUGGAGGACUUGGGACAGGAAGCCCAACUGUUCCUAACAGACCCAACGUACCUCCUGAAGAACUUUAUGCCACCCAGCUCUCGCAGCUCCAAGAAAUGGGUUUCUUUGACACUCAAGAGAACAUACGGGCGCUCGUAGCCACUGCAGGGAAUGUUCAUGCGGCAGUGGAGCGGCUGUUGGGAAGUCAGGGCCAGUAGAUUGUGGUUGUUACUUGUCUGCUCGUCUAGACAUAUUGUCAGAUGGGGCUCAAUGAAGUAGGGUUCGACAGGACUCUUGAGGCGCCGUUUUAAAAUCUUAUUUUGGCUAUGAAUAAGUACAGAUUAUGAUAGAGGUGCGAACUUCUUUUCAUGGCUUGUUAUUGUGGAAAACAAACACCCCCCCCCCCCCCCCCCUCUUUUUUUUCUCAUCGACCCCCUCCAGAAUCAAAAAGAAAAGACAAAUGGAAAUUAUAUGAACUUUCAGAGUGCUAUGUAUAUACCCUAUUUCAGAUCCGUGUCUCACGAAUUGUUUACUUACAAAAUUUCCCCAAUUUUUGGGGGCAAUUGUACCUUUUCUUACCUUCCACCACUGGAUGGGGGAAAAAAGUUGUUGCAAUUACAGUAGAACCUUUCUACUAUUUCACA